GUCUCUUCGCCAGCCAUGGCUAAAUCGACCCAUCUUCCCCGUUUCUAUAUCCUUCUGGUCUUCUGCAUAAACUCAGACAUAAUUCUAAAUUUUGCCAUGGGACAAGCAGAAGGACAGGGGGCAUGGUGUGUGGCAAAGCCAUCAUCAACAGGGGAGGAGUUAGGAGAAAAUCUUUCUUUUGCCUGCAGAUAUACUGAUUGCAGCAUUAUAGUUGACGGAGGCAGCUGUUUCUUCCCAAACACAACCUUUAACCAUGCCUCAGUUGCCAUGAACCUUUACUAUCAGGCACACGGCAGGCAUUUCUGGAACUGUAACUUCCAUGACUCUGGUCUCAUAACCGUCAUCGACCCAAGCUAUGGAGAUUGCAGAUAUGCUUAUACCCACAAUGUAUGAGAGGGGGAGAGCAACUUAACUGCUGAGACACAUCUUCUCUAAAUCUUUCACCAUAUUCUACUUCAAAAUCAUGACCAUAUCUUGACAGAAUGUAGCCAAUGAAUGAUAUAAUAAUAAUA